AUGGAUGGCAACCUGCUCGAGGAUCCAGGCCAGCCUGGUGAUCCCAUAUACAUGGACCCGUUCCGCUCAACGGAUGAAACGCGGGUAACUGAACUACAGGAACAACUGAGCUUCCUGGGGGCCUUGACACUGUCGCGGUCGACGUUUUUACGCGAAUCCCUCGUGCAGAAUAUAGUGCUUCGCUGCAGCAAGAAUAUUAUAAACUCAGUCUUUCAAACCCCGCGCAUUCGCGACACCUGCCUUGAUUCCGCCAGCGUGAAGUACGCCGCACUUUGGUCCUCCAUUCUUUUCGCGGAAUAUGCAAACCACGACGCCCAGUUACCGGGCGUUUUCCCACCGCGGGAGGCUGGCCAUGCUCCCAUGCGACGGCAUCUGCCAUCGUUGAUGGAUAACGUUGCUUCCGAUUUUCAAUCGGAUGUUUACCUCAUCGAGGAGUACUUGAUACCGCUGUUUGCGGAUCUACCGGAGUAUGCUCCGCUGCAAGAGAGUGUCCGCGUUCUGCGUGCCGGCGAUGAGAUCCCGAAACAGGUACGGAGACGCACUCCAGAGCAUAAGAAUAUAAAAUAUAAGAUCGGGCAGGUGUUCCGACAUCGUCGUUACGACUAUGUUGCUGUUAUAACUGGCUGGGACGCCGAGUGCGGAGCUGGGGAGCAGUGGAUGCAAAGGAUGGGGAUCGAUCGGUUACGGGCUGGCAGACACCAAAGUUUCUACCAUGUUCUAGAUUUCUGA